AUGAUUCCUUAUAAUUUAUUUAAUUGGUUAUUAAAAUUUAAAACGAAUAGAAAAAAUACGUUAAACUUUUGGACUCAACAUAUUGGAGCUUGCAUCGCCAGUCUUCCAGCUUUCUCUGUCGGUACUGCUUUCGGUUGGACAUCUUUUGCAAGUGCUAAAUACCUUGAUGAUAAUAACGAUUUUACAAUAACGAAAAAUGAAUGUUCCCUUAUGGAAUCUCUACUCAUGUUGGGAGCAGCAACGUCUUGUUGCAUCACCGGAUGGGUAGCAUGUAAAAUCGGACGAAAAAUGAUAUUACUCGGAUUGGUACCCAUAUUUUUAUUGGGUUGGUCAUGUCUUUUAUGGGCUUCAUCGGUAGGAAUGCUUUAUGCAGGAAGAUUAUUUUUAGGAAUAUGCGCUGGAGCUACGUGCGUGGGUGGACCAAUGUAUUUAGUAGAAAUCAGUCAAAAGGAGAUUAGAGGAAUAAUAGGAAGUUAUUUUCAAAUGCUUUUAUCGUUCGGCGUCCUAUUUAUUUAUUUGAUAAGUAGUAAAUUGGAUGUAUUUUAUUGUACAUUGAUUUGCGGAUUGGUACCGAUAAUUUUCGGAGUAACGUUUUAUUUCUUUCCCGAUACUCCCGUUUUUUUAUUACUGCAAGAUAAACCGGAUAAAGCAAAAGAUUCCCUGAUGUAUUUCCGUGGUAAAAAACACAACAUCGAACUCGAAUUGUUAGAAUUAACCGAAUACUGUAAGGAAGAAGUUGAAAAAAGAAAAUUUCGUUGGAAAAGUUUUACAAAAAAAUCGGCAAUAAAAGGUUUAUCGAUAUCCAUUGGUCUCAUGAUAUUUCAACAAAUAAAUGGCGUCAACGCAAUUAUUUUUAACGCUCCUGUUAUUUUCGAGGAAGCGGGGACGUCAAUGAAUGCAAAACACGAAACGAUUAUAAUUGGAUUGAUGUUAUUGAUUGGAAAUUUUUUGGCAAUAUUUUUGGUCGAUAAAGUUGGAAGAGUUUUACUUCUCGAAAUAUCCGCCAUUUUAAUGUCUUUGUUUUCAUUUCUGUUGGGACUUUAUUUUUAUUUGAAAGAAAAUCAAUUUGACGUUGAUGAAAUUUCUUGGCUUCCCCUUCUCUCGAUAAGUUCUUUUGUCAUAGUUUAUUCGUUAGGUUUCGGUGCCAUACCUUGGAUGUUAAUGUCGGAAUUGAUGCCGUCUAGCAUAAGAGGUCCGGGUAUUUCAAUUGCGAGCGUUUGUAAUUGGUUAUCCGCAUUUUUCGUCAUUCAAUUUUACGAUACCGCGGUCACGAAAUUCGGGAGAGGCGGUACUUUUUGGUUAUUUUUCGUCGUAUCCCUUGCGGCUAUCCUUUUUUCGAAUAAGGCAUUACCCGAAACUAAGGGAAAAUCAUUCGAGGAAAUUCAAAAUGAAUUAUCGGGAAAAAAAUCAAACGCAACACCGAAUAAUAAUUUUCUUUAA